AUGACUACAAAUAUUAUAUUCUUAUGUUUAAACAUUGUAACUAUUUCACCACCAAUCCUAAUGCUUGUUGUUUCAAUUAACAAGUAUGUAAUAUAUGAUCUGGAUAUGGAGUACUGGAUAGAUAAGGCCAAGUCUUUUGUCACCUUAUUUUUAUUGUCACUCUUUAUUGGGUUAAUACGUUAUUAUUUAUCUGAACGCUUUGAAACAGCAUUUAUGACUCGUUGUGACUUCUCUAAAUGUACCCAUAUUCAAGGUUGGGUUCAGAAAGUAUCUCCAUGUGAAUUUAGAAAUUUAUUAGAUGAAAAGAGAGAUUUUCUAGGGGAAGUGUCAAAUUGGUUCUUUAAUUUGUCUCAAUAUUUAAGUUGUAUUUUAAGGAAUAAUAGAAAAAAUUAUACAUGGUUUAUUAGUAAAGUAAAUGUAGAUGAAGCUGGAUUACGUUACUUUACAAAUGGUUUGAAGAAAUAUAUAUAUUCAGAGGAAACUAACUCAUUUUUUCCUCAAAAACAAUCUAAAGAAACUAAAGUAGAGGAUAUAUUGGAUAUCAUGAAAAACGGAGGUUUGGAUAACUCUAAAAUAUUAUACACAAGAGCACUUUAUGGAACAAAUAACUUCCCUUUGAAAUUAGAUUCCUUUAUUACAUCAAUUAAGCGUAAUAUUUUUAAUAUGAUAGUAUUACUUCAAUAUAUGAUGAUUUUAGCCUCAUUUUUUAUAGGAUGUACUUCAUUUUCUUUAUUUUGGAGUAUUUUGAUUAUUUAUAGUAUUACUCAAACAAUUAUUGAUGAGAGGAGAAACCAAGGAAAGCUUCAAAAAAUGAUAAAUAAUAUACAAUCCCUAAAUGUUUAUGUUAAACGAGAGAAUAAGAAAGUCUCUAUAGACUCUCAAGAUAUUGUACCUAUGGAUAUGAUAUUAUUAUCCGAAGGAGAUAAUAUUCAAUGUGAUUUAGUACUUGUUAAAGGUUAUUUAUUAGUUGAUGAAUCUAGUUUAACUGGGGAGAGCAUCCCAGUCCUCAAAAAACCUAUUACAGCUAAUUCUAAUUUAAAUAAUAUGAAUAAAAAAAUAGAAUUUUGUAAUCCAAUAUAUCGAGAUUCUAUUUUACUUGCAGGGACUAAAGUUAUCAAAUUUUAUGAUCAGGGUGAAUUAUGUAAACAAAAAGAAAUGGCUGAAGGUGUUGCAUUAAAUACUGGAGCUUUCACUUAUAGAUCUGAGAUAAUCAAUAGUGUACUCAUUGAAGAUACAAGUGAAAUAAACUUCCAUAGGAAUUUACCAUUAUUAUGGACAGUUUUGUUAAUUAUCAGUUUUAUUUUAAUAACAAAUCAAUUUAUUAUAAUGAAUUGGGCUUUAGGUAGUUUUUUCAUUGCUAUGGGAACUUCUAUGCAAUUAUUACCAAUUUGGGCUCCGGCUUGUGUAACAAAAUCAUUAAAUUCUUCAUCUAAACGUCUUGAAAAGCUUCACCAUAUUUUAACUUCAAUACCUCAACGUAUACCAUUUGCUAGUCAAAUAACGACACUUUUCUUUGAUAAGACAGGUACUCUUACUACUUUAGAAUAUAAUUUAAAAUUAAUUCAUCCAUUCAAUGAACAUUCUUCUGAAAUGAAAUGUUCAACUGAAAUUAAUUCUUUAUUAUUUUCUGCUUUAUGCACAUGCCAUUCAUUAUAUCCUAAAGCAUUCGAUGGGGAAUUAUUUCAUGGAGAUGCUAUGGAGAUUGCUAUGUUUGGUUAUACUAAUUACAGGAUACAUAUAAUAAAAGCUAAUAAUAAAUUUAGACGUUUUGUAAUUCCUAAAGAAUUAAAUAUUAAUACUGAUAUUUUAAACUGUAAUGAGGGUUUUGAGAUUAUUUGGAAUUUUGGUUUUGACCACUUUAAACGUCUUAUGAGUAUAAUAGUAAAGUGUAGACAAACUGGUCGAAUAUUCUUAUUUACUAAAGGGGCAUUUGAAGCCAUAUUGAGUGUAUCUGAUCCUUUAGCUAUACCAUCCAAUUUUAAAAGUAUAGCUGAAAAAUAUUCUGCUGAUGGUAGUUAUAUUAUUGCAGUAGCAUAUCGUGAUGUCACUUAUGCGGAUUUAAAUAAUUUGGAGGAUGUCCAACGCUCAAUAUUUGAGGUCUCUAUGACUCCUUUGGGAAUUUUAUCGUUUAUAAAUACUAUACGUACAGAAGCUGCUGAUACAGUUAAAGCUAUACAAAAUUCAAAUAUUCGUUGUAUUGUUUUGACUGGUGAUAAUUUACAGUCCGCCUUAAGUGUAGCAAGAAGAAUUGGUUUAUUAAAAGAUAAUACAAAUAAAGAUAAUCUAGACAACUGUCAUAUAAUUUCUAUAGAAAAUCAGGACUAUAUAAUAGUAAGUGGUGAACUUAUUAAUGAUACUCUCACAUUACAUAAUGAGCAGAUGGAAAUUGUUUCAUGCAAUGAAAUUGUAAAGAAUCCAUCGAAAUAUUUGUUGGCACUUACAGCUGAGGCUUAUAAUGCAUUGGAAGAUGUAAUAGUAGUUUCUGGAGUCGAGGGUAAUAUAAUAGAUGACAAACAAAGUUUACUUAAGAUUGUUACUAUGAAGGAUUUAAUUUAUUCAAGAAUUGCGAUUAUUGCGAGAUCAAGUCCUGAAGAUAAAUGUAAAGUUGUUUCAGAUUUUACAAAAUAUGGAGAAAUUACAGGUAUGAUUGGAGAUGGUUCAAAUGAUUCUGCAGCUAUGCGUGUAUCUCAUGUAGGAGUAACUUUAACAAAUCAUUCUACAACUGUUGUUGCUCCAUUUGCAAUUACUUCCAAUAAUCUUUCAGAUAUAACUAAUUUAAUUGCAGAAGGUCAUAAUUGUGCAGUAACUUCCCACUCAUUAUAUUUAUAUAUGUUACUCAGUGGUAUUCCUGUGGUAUUUUGUAAAAAUAUCCUUUUAUAUUUUGCUCAGGCCAACAUACCAAUGAUGGGAUAUUUUUAUUAUGAUUUGAUUGUAAAUUUACCCAGUAUGUGGAGUCUUAUACAUUGUAAAACUAAAAAUAAAUUGGCAUCAUAUAAACCUGAAACCUCUCUUAUUUCAUUGAAUUCUCUAUAUAAAGUAGGAAGUAUAUUCUUAAUUGUUAUAAUCUUUUAUUGUGUAAUAUUAUUUAGAGCUUCUAACCAAUCUUGGUUCAUAUCAAGUUAUAAUAGAAAUAUUACUAUUGAUGCACAUCUUGAAGUUAGACAAGAUGGUUUUGAAUCAGCUAUGACAUGGUUAUGGCUAUGUUUUCUACAUUCCCAUAUGUCUAUUAUAUUUGCUUUUGGUGGAGAUCAUAGAGAACCAUUUUAUAAAAAUAAAAUUCUCUUGUUUACUUGGUCGGCAGCUCAAUUAGGACUUAUUUGGUUGAUUUUUUCACCUCCAAAUCCUAUAACUUGCUGGUUCAAGGUUAAUUGUAUUAAUGAAAUACCUAACUACUUUUCAAUUUUCGAUCUAUAUAAGAUAGAAUUUACUAAAUUCAAUGCAUCAGAGGGACAUAAUGUAUUUCCCUUACCAUGGAAAUUUGAAUUCAUAUUUUGGACUGUUGUUGCUGCUUCUAUUAUGGGGCUAUCAUACUAUUACUUUAACAUCAGGAAAAAUGGCUUUAAGCUAAAAAAGAAACGUAAUUCCCUUAAAAUGACAGUAUUACUUCAAUAUAUGAUUAUUUUUGUUUUAUUAUUUAUCGGAUACCCCCUAUUUUCAGUAUUUUGGAUUAUAUUAAUUUUUUAUAGUAUUAUUCGAACAAUUAUUGAUGAGAAAAGAAUCCAGAAUAAACUUAAGAAAAUGAUAAAUAAUAUACAAUCCUUAAAUGGUUAUCUUUUGGUUGAUGAAUCUUGUUUAACUGGGGAGAGCAUCCCAGUUUUUAAGAAGUCAAUUACAAUUAACCUAAGUUCAAAUAACAUAAAUACAAAAAUAGAAUUUUGUAAUCCAAUAUAUCGAGAUUCUAUUUUACUUACUAGGACUAAAGUUAUCAAAUUUUAUGAUCAGGGUGAAUUAUUUAAACAAAAAGAAAUGGCUGAAGGUGUUGCAUUAAAUACUGGAGCUUUCACUUAUAGAUUUGAGAUAAUCAAUAGUGUACUCAUUGAAGAUACAAGUGAAAUAAACUUCCAUAGGAAUUUACCAUUAUUAUGGACAGUUUUGUUAAUUAUCAGUUUUAUUUUAAUAACAAAUCAAUUUAUUAUAAUGAAUUGGGCUUUAGGUAGUUUUUUCAUUGCUAUGGGAACUUCUAUGCAAUUAUUACCAAUUUGGGCUCCGGCUUGUGUAACAAAAUCAUUAAAUUCUUCAUCUAAACGUCUUGAAAAGCUUCACCAUAUUUUAACUUCAAUACCUCAACGUAUACCAUUUGCUAAUCAUAUAACAAUACUUUUUUUUUUGAAAAGAGGCACUGACUAA